AUGGCCGAGUCCGACUACGUCGAAGGGCACGAAUUCAUCAUCGACAUGAAUAUUGGCUAUUGCAAAUAUGGUCAUGGUCCUUUGAAUGUGUUGUGCAUCUGCGGAGCCGUCGGAUGCUAUAAGAAGGAUUGGCCGCUGGCAGUUCUUCAGCACUUCUCCCCAGAUCUCGUCACAAUGAUCUGUAUUGAUCCACCCGGCUACGGUACUUCUCGACCUCCAGACAGGAAGCAGGAAGUGAAUCGGUGUAUGAAGGAUGCCGACUAUUGUCUUGGUUUGAUGGAGGCUCUCAAACUCGAGCCCUUCACAGUGAUGGGAUGGUCGGAAGGAGCACGAACUGCCGUCCAUGUAGCCGCAAAAGGCGGCAAAGAUCGGGUUAAUCGACUAAUUCUGUUGGCGAGUGGCACGAGAGUCAACAAAUUAGGCGCCCUUGCCUUUAAAGGGAUGCGAGAGACGAACCAUUGGUUGGCUGAUGCUCGCAAACCAUAUUUGGCUCAUUAUUCGAACGAAUUCCUCCGCGAGCAAUGGGCGGCUCUUUGCGAUGUCGUCGACCAAGUGCACACGUAUUGCGGUGGUCGAUUUCCGUCGGAUCUCGCGUUGCCUCGCAUCAAAUGCAAAACGCUCAUCAUGAAUGGCGGAAUGGAUCGAUUCUGUUGCGAUGUCAACACGACGUACCUGCCGGUGCUCAAGGAUCUCGCCAAAGUCGAGAUUCACGCACAAGGCGGACACGAUUUUUAUCAUAAAUAUCCGAAAUGGUUUUCAGCAAAAAUUCUGGAAUUCCUUCAGUCUUCUUAG